AUGAGACCCCUGGAUGAGUCCAAAACGCGGUGGGACGAGACCCUUAAACAGAGCUCCAGUUUCGCGGACUUGCAGCGGGCUGUCAAGUUCAACGGACCUGUUGCCCAGGCCUUUCUGCUGUUCAAGGAUGUGAACGCGUCCAACUGGUCCCAUGUUCUGCUUGAGAACAGAAACUCAUACAGUACUCUAAGAGAACACUACCUCAAGUACAUCAAGCACCCAGAGCUUCUCAACCAGCUUCCUCUGGACCCCCUUGCCGAUGACCCUGACUCACCAUGGACCGCCGUCCGGAACGACGAGGCCAUCCGUGCUGAGAUCUUGCAAGAUGUUCAGCGUUUACCCGAUGAGCCCUUCUACCACCAGGAGAGCACGCAAACGCUCAUCUUGGACAUCCUGUUCAUAUGGGUUAAGCUGAAUACCGAUCUGGGCGGUUAUCGUCAGGGCAUGCACGAGCUGCUGGCCCCGCUGCUCUACGUGGUGGACAGAGACGCAGCCGAUCGUAAGAAUGUCGGUGACGCGAUAGCAGACCCCAACAUGGUCGAGAUGCUGGACUCUUACUUCGUCGAGCAUGACACAUUUGCUCUAUUUUCCAAGCUUAUGGACCAUACCAAGCCCUUUUAUGAGGUUAGCGUGGACGCGGGCAGCCCACUGUCGGGGGAACAAAGUGCAAUUGUCGAGAAGAGCAGGAUGAUUCACGAAGUGGCGCUCAUGACAAUCGACCCCGAGCUGGCCAAACAUCUCCAGAAUAUUGAGAUCCUGCCCCAGAUAUUUCUGAUUCGGUGGAUCCGUCUACUAUUCGGAAGGGAGUUCCCGUUCGAGCAGCAGCUUGUGCUCUGGGACACCAUAUUUGCCUUCGACCCGACUCUGGAUCUUAUAGACCUCGUAUGCGUCGCCAUGCUUUUGAGAAUACGAUGGACCUUGCUUGAGGCGGACUACACAAAUGCGCUGCAGUUAUUAUUGAAGUACCCCGCCCCUGAACCACCACAUGGGCCUCACACAUUUGUCGACGAUGCCCUAUACCUGAAGGAUCACUACCAUGCCGCAGGAGGCUCGUCGAUCAUUAUGAAGUACACGGGCAAGACACCAGCGCCAAUCUCCGAGCAGAGCCCCUCAACACCCGAGGCACGUUUCCAGGGCCUGUCGCUUAGGGACCGGACUCGCGGCACGCGAUCCCCUCUCAGAUCGCCAGCGCGAUUCAUCCAACAGCGAGGCGUGGAGGCUCUGUUCCAGGGUGCCGCUAAGAAUGUUAUCGAGCGUGGCGAGAAGCUGGGCAUUAACCAGGCCGUGCGCGACGCCAUGGGAGAGAUACGAAAGAACAUGCAAGAUUUCCAAGAAGCGAGAAAUAAACCCACCGAACACAGCCGCUCCAGUUCAAAUACACGAAGACAUGACAUCUUCUCCAACGGGACCUUGGCCUCUCCCGUUGAAGAGUUGAAAAAGACGAUGGCAGAGCUAGAACAAAGGAACAAGCAGCUGGCCCUUUUCCUGGACGAAGCGAUCACGGGCCUAAAGGAAGUGUCCGCCUCGAAACUCGAGGGCGACAAGGAGAAGGCCCUCGAAGGAGUUGAACUAGCCGCCGCCAAGGCACAGCUCGUCAAGGUCUACUUGGAAAACCCAUCGCUCGAGCUACCAACAGAGGAGCCUCGGGAGGACGAUAGAGUACCACCACAAAUAGUAGUGGAUGACGACGCCCUGCCCGUCCCCGCAGUGGCGGACACCAACCCACCGCCAGCGACCAAGAACGACGCGGCCUCGCCCAGCCUGAUGGUGGCAGCGGACGAGAUGAUGGUCGACCCGGGGGAGGCACCUGGCACGCCCAAGACCGAGGCGACGAUGGAGGGCGUGGAGCACGAGCACUCGUCCCCGCUGUCACCCACGCAGCCGGCGCCGCCGCUCCUCCGUCCCACCGCCGUCCCGACGCGGUCGACGAUGGCGCAGUCCUCCUUCGCCCUGAUGCUCGAGCCCGACCAGAGCCCCUCCGCAUCCUCCGCCUACUCACCCUCGUCCCUGCCGUCGGCCGGCGCCACGCCCACCCAGAACCACCACAGCAACUACCGCAAGAGCCCACGCGACAGCGUCAGCCGCGACCGCAACGCCUUCCUCUUCGGCGAGGUCACAGACCAGCGGCCCAGCAAGGCGAGGGGCAAAUACGAGGACCUGUUUGGGGGCACCUUGUCGGAUGGCUAG